AUGGUUCGCUCUAAUGGCGUCAAGCUUCUUCGAUCUCUCCCCCCUAAACUCCUCUGCAACAGAGAGAAAUCCUUGUAUGAAGGAGUUUUCGAAAGGAGUUACAGGACGUUGAAUUCAGGAUUUUGUAAUUCUUCCAAAGUUAUUGGAAGUUGUUAUCCCAAUGUUGGAAAUGGUGUUAAUUUGAAGAACUGGGUGCUAUUGGGAGCAGCAAAUACUUAUUUUGGGGCAUCUAGAUCCAUUCAUGGCUCAGCACCAUUGGCAAGAGACUUUUACGAUGUUCUUGGAGUUAAUAAGAAUGCAAGUUCUUCUGAAAUAAAGAAAGCAUACUAUGGGCUUGCAAAAAAGCUCCAUCCUGACACAAACAAAGAUGAUCCUGAAGCUGAAAAGAAAUUUCAAGAAGUUUCAUUGGCAUAUGAGGUUUUGAAGGACGAUGUAAAGCGUCAACAGUAUGACCAGGUUGGCCAUGAUGCAUUUGUAAACCAAGAAAGCAAUGGUUUUGGAGACGGUGGUGCUGGUGGAUUUAAUCCCUUUGAGCAGCUAUUCCGUGAUCAUGAUUUUGUCAAGAACUUCUUUCAUCAAAACAUUGGCGGACAGGAUGUUAAGACUUUCGUUGAACUUUCCUUUAUGGAAGCUGUCCGAGGAUGCACCAAAACCAUUACAUUUCAAACAGAUAUGCUGUGUAACACUUGUGGUGGGAGCGGGGUUCCUCCUGGUACAAGACCUGAAACCUGCAAACGCUGUAAAGGAUCAGGAGUGACAUCUGUACAAGCUAGCAUAUUUAAGAUGGAGACUACAUGUGGUGCAUGUCAGGGAACCGGCAAAAUUGUAUCGAGUUUCUGCAAGUCAUGCAGGGGUGCAAAGGUUAACAAAGGAACAAAGUCAAUCAAAUUGGAUAUUAUGUCCGGGAUUGACAACAAUGAAACCAUUAAGGUUUUCAGAAGUGGUGGUGCAGAUCCUGAUGGAGAUCACCCUGGUGAUCUUUAUGUUACUAUAAAGGUCAGGGAAGAUCCUGUUUUCCGUAGAGAAGGAUCUGAUAUUCAUGUCGAUACUGUUUUAAGUAUCACUCAGGCAAUUUUGGGUGGAACCAUUCAGGUCCCAACUCUUACUGGCGAUGUUGUUCUUAAGGUGCGUCCUGGAACACAACAUGGUCAGAAGGUGGUUCUGAAAAAGAAAGGGAUCAAGACCAAAAAUUCUUAUUCAUUAGGGGAUCAAUACGUUCACUUCAACGUCAACAUCCCAAUAAACCUGACAGAAAGGCAGCGUGAAUUGAUUGAAGAGUUUCAGAAGGAAGAAGAUGAAUCUUCUGAUAAAGGGAAAGCUGCUUCUGGUUGA